CACGAAUCUAACCUGCCCUGCCUCCGACCCCGUCUCGCUUUCUCCUCUCCCCCGUCUUCACCUCUCGACGAUCUGAUCUGGUCUUGACCCUAACACCCAGCCCGUCCGUCGACAAACACCACGACCCGGGCGACACACACACACGCCCAGCGGCCAAUUCCUACCGGCCAUUUCCCCUUCCCUUUACCAUUCUGCCCGCCGCCCUUUUUUCCCAACACUAGUCUACUUACUUUACUCUUGGUAUAAUCCACCACAUCAUCAACACAACCCACAGUCAUUUGCAACGAGGCGCUGCUCCCCCGCCGAACCGCUCUCGUCCUCUGUCAAAAGGCAGCACAUCUCCCUGCCUGCCACUUCUGCGACGCCCGCACAAACCAGAGGAAUCACCAACCAAGAGAGAGUGGCCCCCGCUGCGCCCCCCUCGUGAUUCGCAAAUUAAACGAGACACGCUCACUUGGACAACCGCCUUCUUGAAACCCCCAACCUUUGACCUUCCCAGACCCGUCGAACGACCGACCGAACGACCGCCCGACCGAAUAUCCUCGCCGGUCACGACCUCGGACCUCGAAACCUUUCUUCUUUGAUGUCGACUUAACCCCAUACAAACACUCGCUUCCCACUCUGCUCGACCGCUGGAACACGGUUCGACCACACGAGGCUCAAAUCCCACCCCGACCCCCGCCCGCUCCAGGGCUACGCUUCUUUCACGCCCUCGGGGCUCCCACCACCUUGCUACGCCGUGUUGCUUUGCAGCCCGUCACAAUGUGGUUCUCUCUAAAGACUCCGUUACUUCUUCUCGCCUCCGCCGCCGCCAUCUUGCGGCCGGCGGCGGCAGAGCAACUGCUGCAGUCCAGCUCUUUGAACACUUGCCAGGACAACUCAGGAUUCACUGCCAGUCUCUUCAACGUCGCCUACACGCCAGCCAACGGCACUGCCAUGAUCGACAUUGUGGCUGUCUCAUCUAUUCAGGGAAAUGUAUUAUUCGACGUAUCGAUCACCGCCUAUGGCUACCAAAUUAUUCGACGACAAGUGAACCCUUGUGAAAUCGGUCUCGCUGGACUGUGCCCCAUGACUGCUGGAAAGAUUCCACUAACCUUCAACUUGGAUGUUGGUGACGAGGCCGCCAAGCAAAUCCCUGGAAUUGCGUAUACAUUCCCCGACCUCGACGCCAAAGUUAAGGUGUUCAUCAACAUGACUUCCGGCGAACAGGCCAACACGAGCGUCGCUUGCGUCGAGGCUGACAUCUCAAACGGAAAGACAGUCGAUCUGAAAGGUGUCAAAUGGGCCACUGCUAUUGUCGCUGGCCUAGCGCUCGCCUCCUCCGCCGUUAUUUCUGGCUUGGGACACUCGAAUGCGGCCUCCCACGUUGCCGCGAAUGCUUUGUCGCUUUUCAGUUACUUCCAAGGCCAGGCCAUGAUCGGCAUGACCUCUGUUCCUCUUCCUCCGAUUGUGCAGUCAUGGACCCAGGAUUUCCAGUGGAGCAUGGGCGUUAUCCGCAUCAACUUCAUGCAGACCAUCUUCACUUGGUACCAGCGUGCGACAGGAGGAACGCCAUCAACACUGUUCGACUCUCUGAGCACAGUCUCCGUGCAAGUCGAGAAGAGGAAACGAUCACUGGACAUGGGGGCUGAGAUGUCCAUGAACCUCUUCAGACGCGGGGUUUCCAUGAUGCCUCGCGCGGUUGCCCAGAUGCCGCGUGCCGUCGCUGAGGGUGCUUCAAAGCUCUUGAGGAGAGGAAACAUCACCAACUCGAGCGGCAGUUUUGUCGUAUUCGGCAUCCAGCGUGUCGCCUACAGAGCUGGAAUCGAGUCGACUAACCUCUUCAUGACCGGCCUCACCUUCUUCUGCUUCUUCGUUGUGAUCACCAUCAUUGGAGUCGCCGCCUGGAAGGGCUGGUGCGAAUUCGCUGUCAAGCACAGGUGGAUGAAGACUGAUACGUUCCAGGACUUCCGAAAUGGCUGGUUCACUGUCCUCAAGGGUAUCCUGUUCCGCCUUACCCUGAUCGGAUUCCCUCAGAUGACGAUCCUGUGUCUAUGGGAGUUCACUCAGAAGGACUCCGCCGCUGAAGUUGUUCUCGCUGUCUUCUUCUUCUUCGGAAUGGUCAUCACCCUAGGCUGGGCAUCAUCAAAGGUUAUCAGGAUUGCACGACGCUCCGUUGUUAUGCACAGGAACCCUGCGUACAUUCUGUUCUCGGAUCCUCAGGCUCUGAACAAGUGGGGUUUCCUCUACGUCCAAUUCCGUGCCUCAGCCUACUACUUCAUCGUGCCUAGCCUGAUAUACCUACUGCUGAAGGGAAUCUUCAUUGCUUUUGCACAAAACAGCGGUACUGCCCAGGCUGUGGCCUUCAUCAUCUUGGAGGCUGGAGCACUCAUUGGCGCCAGUGUUCUCCGACCAUGGAUGGACAAGAGCACGAACUCUUUCAACAUCUCGAUUUGCGUCAUCAACUUCCUCAACUCCAUCUUCUUGCUGGUCUUCACUGAUGUCUUCAACCAGCCGGCCAUUGUCACGGGUGUUGUUGGCGUUAUUCUCUGGAUCGCAAACGCCGUCUUCGCCCUGGUCCUGCUUCUCAUGCUGAUCGUUACAACCGUCAUUGUCCUGGUCCGCAAGAAUCCCGAUGCGAGAUACCAGUUCAUGGCCGACGACCGAGCCUCAUUUAUGAAGUCUCAGACGCAGCUGAACACAACGACUGAGCUCGACGCACUGGCAGCAACUGCACGAGGUGACAAGGCAGGAUACAAGGCCGGGUUUGACAUGGACGAGGACAACGAGUCGAUAUCAUCCGACUCGAUGAAGCGACGUACAGACCCGAACAUGCAGGCGCCACAACAGGCAAACUCGCCAUUGGCGCAGUCUAAUUACCGCGAACCACCCCGCUCACCGGUGGACCCCUCCGUACCGCUGUUCCCAGCAGACGGCCGGAGGGGAACCCCUAACUCCCAGCCUGACUACAGCGGUUACAACAACGGAGGGCAAUACCUGCGGCAACAACCCAGCGGCUCUUCAAUGGGCCCGGGCUCCUAUGGUGGAUCAUCAUCCAACCUAUCAGCCCACCAAGCCCAAAACAACGGCGCAUAUCGGAGCCAGAACAAUGCUAGUCCAUGGCAACGAGGUGCGGGUUACGAACAUUAAUGAUAUUGGGUUUCGAUACGAGCUAGCAAGGCUUGUGUCGGGAUUGCCGUUCACGACGACAUGGAAUUCUAGGGCCUUGUGUACUUUUCUUGCUAUUUGAUCAUCACUUCACCUUUCGAGUGGUUCUUUUGUUCUAUGCCAGCUGAGGGGGUCAGCCAUUUCAGGCAUGGAAACUCACACGGACCAAACAUUCGCCGUCACCCACUGUCGGCUGACGAAACGGCGCCAACCGACUUUCUAUAUAUUUCCGACCCGUCCCCAACCUUCUCAACCUUUCCUCUGUCAGGGGCACCCGAUCACGGGCCCCUUUUCAUCAUCCAAGAGACCUUGAAAGGUCCAUUUACAACACCCCCAAUUCCCUCUGUUAUCAACCAAAUCAUAGGGAGCAUUUGGAAUGGCGUCCAGGAAGUUACGGACUGGGGGAGAACUCCAGAGAUCCAAGAGAGGCCAUCAUACCCGAUCGAUCAAUACAAAUAUUAUUGCAACCAUAUACAUGCGCCGUACCACCACAGCCAAGCGAACCAUGGGCAGUGAAAUCAAGCUCAACACCAGAGCGAGUCGAAAUGCGGGCAUGUGCAUGGGGCACGUCGUUGAAGCCAGUUCUUCUGGUGGCGUAAGGGGCACCACAAACAAAAUAUCUCGAACCAACAUUUCAAGGAGUAAAGCAGAGUCAAGGGAGGGUGCCUCAGCCGCUGAGCGUGCUAAGAUAUCGCGUGCCGCGUCCUGCAGAAUACUGCGGCGUUUUUUGAUUUCGUGUCUCUUGAGUUAGUACAUGUGCGUCUGGUGGUAGAAGAGCACAAUUAAUCGAAUAUUUUGAAAGGCAACCAAUAUUUUCGAGGUGAUGCGCUCUUCUUUCUUGGCUCCCUGGCUAACGUUGGCUUGUGCUUUGAGCGCUCCGACUGGUAUAAUCCAGGUUUCCUUGUCAGCAACCUCCACCAAUAACACAUUUCCUACAUCUUGGCAGACUGUAGCGUGUUCUGCAGUAAGCUGUGUGUCUUCUUAAUGGCUACUAUUGUCAAUUCAGUCUUCUAUUACAAGCGCCUUGUAUGUCGCUGGCGAGAAGUUUUGUAUGGCUGACGGGCGGAGUGGAUGACAUGGCCGGUCGGUACCUUGGCUGGCCAUUAACUGUGACAGGUGGGAAGUAGAAGCAGUAGAAGAAAAUAC